AUGGGGUUCUUCAACAACAACAGCGUGAUUGUGCUGAUCCAGAGAUUGUUCAGACGGCCGGCAGACGCGGCGAUGUGGCUGUUCACGGGCAUGAUCGUGGUGGGCACCCUGUACACGAUGCUUGGAACGGGGCCGCAGCCGAAGCGCGGGAGAGGACGUUGA